GGUUUUCAACCCGGAUCAAGGGGUCUCUAACCCCAAUUCAGCACCUCUUCUGCUCCCAGUAGCUAGACACCAUGACCGAUGACACUGUGUUCAAUUCGGAAAGAAGCUUCAGCUUCCCAACACUGCCUGAACAAAACGAGGGAAGAGAUAUCAGGCUGUUUUCCUCUGCGGAUGAGGACAGCAGUCUGUAUUUUACUUACAGUGGAGGAUGCAAUGAGUUGGAGGUCAGAAAUCUGCACUAUCAGGUGGACACAGCAGCACAGAUCCCCUGGUAUGAGAAACUGUCAGAGCUUAAGAUGCCUUGGGAGAUGCGGGGGAACAAGCAGACUGCUAUUAAAGACCUGAACCUGAGAGUGCACAGCGGCCAGAUGCUGGCUGUUAUCGGCAGCUCAGGCUGUGGAAAGACCUCCCUGUUGGACAUUAUAACAUGUCGUGAUGAAGGUGGCACCAAGAAAUCUGGAGAGAUUCUCAUCAACAGCAGACCCUGCACACCCUCGCUAGUGAAGAAAAGCAUCGCUCACGUAAGACAGGAUGACCGCUUGUUACCCCAUCUGACAGUACGGGAGACUCUAGCCUUCGUGGCCAAGUUGCGCCUACCAGCACAUUUUACACAGGCACAGAGAGAUCAAAGGGUGGAUGAUGUCAUUGCCGAGCUGCGGCUGAGACAGUGCGCUAACACACGAGUGGGAAACAGCUAUGUGCGUGGGGUGUCUGGUGGAGAGAGAAGGAGAGUCAGCAUUGCUGUUCAGCUACUUUGGAACCCAGGUAUUCUUAUCCUGGAUGAGCCUACUUCAGGUCUAGACAGCUUUACUGCUCACAACCUGGUUAUCACCCUGUCUCGUCUGGCACGAGGGAACCGUCUGGUCCUGCUCUCGGUGCACCAGCCACGCUCAGACAUCUUCCAGCUCUUUGACCUGGUGGUGUUGCUAUCCUCUGGCUCAGCCGUGUACUGUGGCCCUGCCAAAGAUAUGGUGCCCUACUUCACAUCUCUGGGGCAUCCAUGUCCACGCUACUGCAAUCCUUCUGAUUUUUAUGUGGACUUGAUCAGCGUUGACCGCCGCAGCUCAGAAAAAGAAGCGGAGUGUUUGGAGAGAACAAGGGUCCUGGCAGCUCAGUUUGCUGAGAAGGUGAAGAACACUGAUGACUUCAUGUGGAAGUCUGAGGAGCACAACGGUCCAGUGCUAGACAAAAAUAUUGUAAGCGACAUCAAUAAUACGCCAAAAGCCGAAACAAGCAUCACAGUGUCACAAAGGAAGGACCAUCGUCCAGGCCGACUGCACCAGUUCUCCAUUCUGAUUAGGCGGCAGGUAUAUAAUGAUUUCCGUGACUUGGUGACAAUGAUGGUGCAUGGCCUAGAGGCCCUGCUGAUGUCACUCCUCGUGGGCUUCCUGUACUUCGGGGCAGGUGAGGAAAAGCUGCCAGUGCAGGACACUGUGGCCCUGCUCUACAUGAUUGGAGCUCUCACACCAUUCGCUGUAGUACUGGAUGUCAUAGCUAAGUGUCAUUCAGAAAGGGCCAUGCUGUAUCAUGAACUGGAAGAUGGAAUGUACUCAGUUACCCCUUAUUUUUUUGCUAAGGUCCUGGGUGAGUUACCAGAGCACUGUGUUUUCACACUGGUAUAUAGCCUGCCUAUCUACUGGUUAGCCGGCCUAAACGACUCACCAGAACGCUUCCUGCUCAACUUCCUGCUGGCCUGGCUGAUGGUAUACUGCAGCCGCUCCAUGGCUUUGUUCACAGCAGCUGUGCUACCCACCCUCCAGACCUCAUCCUUCAUGGGAAACUCCCUUUUCACUGUUUUUUAUCUGACCGGUGGCUUCGUCAUCAACCUGGAGAACAUGUGGCUGGUCGCUUCCUGGUUUUCCUAUAUUUCCUUCAUGCGCUGGGGUUUUGAUGGGAUGCUGCAGGUUCAGUUCCGUGGAGUCCAAUAUUCAGUCAGCCUAGGAAACCUGACCAUCAAUGUAGAUGGCAUUAAAGUCGUGGAGAUGAUGCAUAUGAACCAGUUCCCACUGUAUUCCUGUUAUUUAGUGCUUAUCGCUGUAGUGUUGGUCUUUAUGUUGCUCUACUAUCUGUCACUCAAGUUCAUUAAGCAGAAGUCCACUCAGGAUUGGUGAAGAAAAAUCUAAAGUCAAAAUCUCUUUUGGAUGAACUUCUACACGUGAAGCCGACCUGUUGCACAAGGAUUGCAGCACCAGCAGGUUCUCGGUCUACACCGAGGAGAUAUAUGAGAUCUCUGGAGAAAAGUGUUCAUGUGCUGCUUGUGUUUAACAAUCCAACAAUUUGGUGGACAGUGAAGGAAAAAAAAUAAUCAAAAUUGUAUAUUAAAAAAUUCAUUAGUUUUUCCUAAAAAAAAAAAAAAGUCUUAAGAGCUUGUCCCAUUGUUUCAUGAAUUAUCAGGUCCAUAUGUGAAUGAGUGUCCAAUGUGGCAGGAGACACUUAUGAACAAACGGUUGUUGAGCAGCUUGUUUUAAGCGUUUAUUUUAUAGUAUGCUUUUACGAAAGACUAGUUAGAGAAUAGAAAGGAGGAUGCAGAAUGUCAAAUCUCUGGAAUUCAAUAUUGUGACCCUUUUAGAAAUCACCAAAUUACUGAAAUGUGAAGUUAAGGAGUACUGCUUAAGUCUCUAGGAGAUUGUCUAGCAAACCCUAAAUGAGCUAAUAAAGUACUGCUACAAGCUUUUACAUACAUACAUACAUACAUACAUACAUACACACACACACACACACACACAUUAUACAUAUAAUAUAAUUAUAGUAUACAUAUGAUAUGAUAACUGGAAUUAUGCAUAAGCAAAUAUAGAGAAUGGGAGAUUACAUGGUGUGUUGAUAAUAUUGAAACACAAGACUUGUAAUUGUUUUGGGUUGUUUAUUAGACUACACCCUAACUGCCGCUGGGUGGCAGCAAAGCACCAUGAACACCCAUCUUCCUUUGUAGACUAGUUUUUGGGGACAGGGGGCAAAUAACAUCCAUCUGCAGCUUUUGUUUGUCUUUUCUGCAUGUUUAUUUCCUAUAGUGUGUUUAAUAUUGAGUUAUUGAUGUAAAAAGGCAUAUUUAAGCAAUAUCUUGGAGAUCUUUUGUAAUUUGUUAAAAUUCUGAUAUUUUGCACUGGUGCCAAAAAAAAACAAAAAAAAAACAAAAACAAACCUAUUAAAUGAACACAGCAAGAAAA